CAGAUAUAUUUCCAGAAGUAUACAAGGCAACAGGAGAUCAAAAAAGACGGAGGAACCACAAAGCGAAAGGGAAGGGAGGGGGUAGCAAAUGAUGGCGCCUGAACUAACCCAACCAUCUCUCGUUUCUGUCGGUCGGUCAAACCCAACUGGUCACAAAUUUAAUCUGUACCUCUUACUCCGUUUGGAAGUGGUCAACAAUGGCGUUGUCCUCUGCACCUCAUCUACUGUGUAUAAUUUAGACAGAAAUUAUGCUGAGCAGUGUCCAACACAGGGAGAGUACUCAUGUAUGCAGAUCAGAAGGCAUGUUCAUAUCAUCAGACCAUAUUCCAGCAGCAAUAAGAAUUAUUAACGCCAAGUACAGAGACCAUCAUGCCAAUCUCUCUCUCUCUCUCUCUCUCUCUCUCUCUCUACAGUAUCUACCACUUUCUGUCUUUCUCUCUCAACAAACGUUGCCUUUCCCCUAUUUUUCUUCGUCCUUUUGGCCCCUCGCUCUAUAUAUACUGUCAAUUAUGCAUCCUUGGUAGCAAAGCCAAAAACACAAGCCCGGAAGGCCAACCCCAACAAGAGAGGCCGGCCACUUGUGCAGUGUCCCUGUGUGAGCCUGGCCUUUGUUUUCCUCGAUCCUUCCUCCCCUGCUAGUCUGCUACAUACAUGGCUGCUCCACCUCUGCCUCCCAUGAAGGACCGUCGAGGCACCAGCGGCGGCGUCUUCCCCUUCUCCAUGGGCUGCAUGUCACAGUCUGCCGUAUCCGUGGCCAACCCAAGCGAAAAGAAGCCGCAGAGCGACUCCUCCACCACCACCGCCACCACGACCACGGCUCAGAAUUCAGAGGAAGGUGGCGGCGAGACCAUGAAGGAGAAGGCCGCGACACCCGUGUCGCCGGGGAUCGUCGCAGCCGGGGUGUCUAGGCUGAUGAAGGGGAUCAAGAGCCUGUCGCAGAUGUUCGCCGGCGAGGAGGAGGACGAGGAGGAGGAGACGGAGAUGGUCAUAGGGUACCCGACGGACGUGCAGCACGUGGGGCACAUCGGGUGGGACGGCCACGGUGGGCUGAACAAGGUCGGAGCCAUGGGCAUGGUGAACGCCUUCUCCCUGCCCUCCUCCCUCUCCCUCAGGCAGCUCGGGAUGGCCAUGGAUCAGGCGGCGCAUGCUUCAGCUUGACUGCAACACUUGAAGCCAACCUAGCUUGAGUGGUGGUGGUGGUAAAAUACAUUGAUUGAUUAACAUGGGUGAUGUUGAUUUGCAAUACAAAUUUCCAUGUGUUUGCUGGUCA